AUGUCGCGAGCCGUUCUCCCGAAUCCGAGCGCCGCCCGAGCGGGAUCCGCGCUCUGCGGACGACGGACGACGCGACGGACGACGCGGUGCGUCUCUCCGGGGAGAGCACUGCCUCUGGAAGCGAUCGCGGACGUCGCGGUGAGCAACCAAGUGCUCGCGUACGGGUCGAUUGGUUUCUUUGGCGCCACGAUCGCCUUCUUCGCGUACAGAGCGUUCGGAUCGGCGUUCAUCGGACCGCAGGCGAGCGCGAGUCACGUGUUAGUGAAGUCACGGGCGAGAGCGGACGCGCUGAAGAGGGAGAUCGAGGAGGCGGUGGCGGGCGGCGCGCCGCUGCGGGCGACGUUUGCGCGCGUCGCGGAGAAGGAGAGCACGUGUCCUUCCUCGAAGAAGGGUGGGGAACUGGGAUCUUUCAGACGCGGGCAAAUGGUUCGUGAGUUCGACGACGUCGUAUUCACCGGUGAUUUAAAUACCGUGCUCGGUCCGGUGGACACGCAGUUCGGCUCGCACUUGAUCUUAAUCACCGACAGAGACGCCGACGCAAAGUGA